GGGGCGGCCGGCAGUCCCCGAGCCCCGGCGCGGCGUGGGAGCGUCGCUGCCCGCCGCUCCGUCAGGGGCCGAGCCGGGACGAACCGAGCCGAGGCGGGCCGGGCCGGCGCGGGGAUGGGUGCGGGGCUGUGAGGGCGGCGGAGCCGGGGGCGGCCAUGGGGAACAUCUCCUCCAACAUCUCCGCCUUUCAGUCCCUGCACAUCGUCAUGCUGGGCCUGGAUUCGGCCGGGAAGACCACGGUGCUUUACCGGCUGAAGUUCAACGAGUUCGUCAACACCGUGCCCACCAUCGGCUUCAACACGGAGAAGAUCCGUCUGAGCAACGGCACGGCCAAGGGCAUCAGCUGCCACUUCUGGGACGUGGGCGGCCAGGAGAAGCUGCGCCCGCUCUGGAAGUCCUACAGCCGCUGCACCGACGGCAUCAUCUACGUGGUGGACUCGGUGGACGUGGACCGGCUGGAAGAAGCCAAGACGGAGCUGCACAAGGUGACCAAGUUCGCCGAGAACCAAGGCACGCCGCUGCUGGUCAUCGCUAACAAGCAGGACCUGCCCAAGUCGCUGCCCGUGGCCGAGAUCGAGAAGCAGCUGGCGCUGCACGAGCUGACCCCUUCCACCACCUACCACAUCCAGCCGGCCUGCGCCAUCAUCGGCGAGGGGCUGACCGAGGGCAUGGACAAGCUCUACGAGAUGAUCCUCAAGCGGAGGAAGUCCCUUAAGCAGAAGAAGAAGCGGUAGAAGCCCGCAGAUGUGCGGACGGCUGGGAGAGCAAACAAAGGAACAGAGGAGGAGAGAGAACCAAAGCGAUCCUUUUUUUGUUGGUUGAUGGGUUUUUUUGUUUUUGUUUUUUUUUUCUUCCCCUUUUUAUUCCGGUGUGAGUGUGUGGUUUUUUUUAUUUUUUUAUUUUUUUGUCCCUUUCCGAUUGAAACGACUACAAUAGCGGUGAUAACAAUGCCACUCCUGCAAGCCAAGCCCAGAUCCUGACUGCAGGAUCUCCUCCUCCUGCUCUCCCCUUUGCCCGCCGCCCUAUCCCCGGCCAUAGGGCAGCAUGGAGCAGGGGUAGGGCACUGCUCCCAAACCCCUGAGCCCCAUGGCCGGGCUGGAGAUGCUCUGAGCGGGGCGAGACGCCGCGGGCGGCCGAGAGCCCACGGAGCUGGGGCAGCCCCCCAGCUCUCCUCCGUGCCUGGGGGUCUGACUGCUGCUGGGGGGCAAACCUAGGGGUGAACAGGGCAGGACCCUGUGCAAGUGCAUUUGAGAGAGGCCAAAGGUGAGGCUACAGCUGUGCAAGGUCAGCCAACGGAGGCUUGGAGCAGCACUGUGGGGGAGACGACCGAGGGAUGAAACGUGACUGCCGGGACAGAACCCCAGCAUGGGGACAGAACCCUGCGAAGGGGACGAAACCCUCUGAAGGGGGCAGAAUGUGGCCAAAAGGACAAAAAGAAGGACAGAGCCUGGCCAAGGGGACAGAACCUGGCCAAGAGGACAAAAACCCCUCCAAAAGGACAACACAGCCCCUCUGCAGGCUGGUGUUUUAGGAAGUGGAUGAAGAGGACAGACAGCUUUCAUGCAAUGCCGGAGCAGCUGGAGGUGCAUAUCAGCUGGUGACUGGUGCUGAGCUUUAAGCUGUUUGCUUAAAAAAAAAGAAAAGAAAAAGGAGGAGGGAGGGGGGAAGCGGCACGGGGUCCAGGAGCCCCCGUUUUCUAAAGCUUGGUUGUGGCAUCUCCUGCAGAAAAGCCACAGGAGGUCUUUAUCGUGCCCAGGCAAAGGCAUGCUCCAAGGUGCUAAUCUGCUCCGAUCGGGGUGAUCCAAAAUACGGAUUACUUUGGAAAAGGAAAAAAAAAAAAAAAACAAAAGCUUUGUACACCACCGCGUGGA